UAGGUGCACUACACCAUCAGUCAUACUCAGAAUCAGGAUUAUAAAACUGUAGUAUCUGAGGUGAGGACAGAUUUACUCAGAAACUGUCAAAGGAUAUGCAACUGUUAUAACAACCUACUUUGCAAUAAAAGUCUCACAUAGAGGACAGCAUCAUGCCAGUGUCGCCGGAAGACAUUUUUAAAGGGACAGGGGACUGUUGCACCACUCAGAGCAAAGAAGCAGUAAAUGGUUUGCACAAAACCAUGAGUAAGGACGGAGACAAUGAGGGCGAUAAUGGAUUCAACAGAAUGGAUGAGAGUAAUGACGAUGAGGAGCAUGGGGAAGAAGCAGGGUCAGGAGAAGAAGAGAGCCUCGAUGAGAGUCCAAAGAGACGUGGGCCCAAGAGAAAGCAAAUUACAAAAGCCAGACAACAAAGGUUUAAGGUGCGGCGUAUGAAGGCCAACGCACGGGAGAGAAACCGUAUGCAUGGGCUUAAUGAUGCGCUUGAGAGUUUACGUAAAGUUGUACCUUGCUACUCAAAUACUCAGAAACUCUCCAAAAUAGAAACAUUAAGGUUGGCAAAAAAUUACAUAUGGGCUCUUUCUGAGAUCUUGCAAUCAGAUGAAAGUCCAGAUUUGGUGUCGUUCGUACAGGCUUUAUGCCAAGGACUUUCCCAGCCCACCACCAAUCUAGUAGCAGGAUGUCUCCAGCUCAACCCACAGACAUUUCUACCCGAGCAGGCCCAGGAAAUCUCAUCUCAGAUGCACCAAAUAUCGACUGCGCCCUUAUCUGUGCAACCCUCCUACCCUUACCCUAGCCCCCCCUAUUGUUCCAUGGACUCCCAUAUCCACCACGGAAAGCACCUUGCCGUUGGCUGUGCACUUGAGCCAUUUUUUGAAACCCCCUUCACAGACUGUACCAGCACUAGCCCCCCAUUCGAGGGACCCCUAAGUCCACCUUUGAGUGUGAAUGGGAAUCUUUCCUACAAGAACGAGUCGACCGAGGCUUUCGACAAAAGCUAUGCCUUUUCAAUGCAAUAUGCAACUCAAGCACUGGUGGGAGUACAAUGCCCUCAUCCUCUUUAUGUAAGCACAUCCCAGCUUUUUCCGCGACCCAUAGACAACGUGAUGUCCUACGAGUCCCAUCACGAGAGGAUGCUUAAUGCUCAGCUUAGUGCUAUAUUCCAGGAAACAUGAGACACUGUCAUAUGGAAAGACAGUGAAUGCAUUGCAAAUGAUUUAUCUGUUACUGGAUUAGAGGUAGGAAUGACCCUUUUCUAUGGAAAAAAAAAACAGUUUUUCAUAUUUUGUGCAAACAAAAUGAAUGCUUAUUGCCCAAAUCAAUCAUUAACCCAGAGCAUUAGUUAACAAUUGUUACCACAAACAAUACUAGAAAUAAAGAUUUGUCUAGACGAAUUCA